CGUCGCAGUUUGCGUCAAAACUACGUCAAAAUGCACCCCACCAGAUUUCCCACAUAUUUUCACGCUUCGAUAGUUUACAAAUGUUUUGUUUAGAUUUAUUUUAAGCUUCAAUGGCUGAGAAGAAGAAUGAAUAUCCUCCGAGUGUGGAGGCAGACAGACGCCUGCUCCCUUUCGAAACAUGGGAAGACUACUUGGAUUCCCUAAUUGAGAUUUCUGAUCUAAGGAACUUGAGAAGUAUCGCAUCAGCUAGGACUGUUGCUGCGCUUGGUUACAGAGCAAACGGUGACACACUAUCAGAGAAAGAUUUCUAUGCUCGCCGUAGCGUGAUAUAUGGGAUUGUAUAUCCCACUUUAAAGCCUUACGUGCUGGUGAGCGAGGGUGCUGACGUCGAAGAUCCUUUUAACAGAGAACUUGCUGUGAGGGAGCGAGCGAACCGAGUCGGCAUAUUGCAGUCUAUCCUAUUCAUACGACACUUCACAAAGGGCGGUUUUGAAAUAUCCGGCUACAUAGACUACGCACAUCGGCUGAUCACCGAGAACUGGACACCAUUUUUCCGUUCAAACAAAAUGCUUUGGCCUAGGGACUCGGACCUGGGAUAUUAUCACUGGAGGCAUGGCACUGUCAGGAGUAAUAUCAGCAGAAACUAUAAGCCAGUAAUGGAUCCAGACAAAGGGCUGCUAUUUCAAAACCGUCACGAUCAUAAAAUAGUUUGCCCGGACCCGCAACAGGACCCUGGACAGAACACAACCAAGCAGAGAAUCUACUCGCCAAAGUACACGCAGAUUGAAAUAUACGAUCAUGUUGUCAGAAGGAAAAGCUGAAAGUAAAAUAAAAGAGACAAAUAAU